GAAGGAGAGUUCCAUUGGAGAGCACCUGUCAAUGUCACUUCCUUCCCCCGGAGUGCUCAUCUGCUCGGCCGCUCCUCCUUAGGCUUAGUCAGGACAAGAAGGCAGUAAGUGAGGCAGGGAGAGAGAAAGAGGGAGAGAGAGAGAGAAAGAGAGAGAGAGGAGAGGAAGAGAAUGACGGAGAGGAAGAGAGAGAGAGAGAGAGAGAGGAAGAGAGAGUAGCCAUAGAGAGUUCUGUACUUUAAAACGCUGGAUGGAGACAUGCCUCGGAGGCAAUUCUUGUUUGGGAUUUGGGAGAGUGUAAAUUAAUCCGUCCUCAGUGUUUAAAAGGAGUUGGAGAGAGAGACAGAGGGAGGGAAAGGAGGAGGAAACCGGGUGCCUUGUGGAGGUCACCGUUGAUGCUGGGGUUGUAGUUAUUUUCCUGGUUCUGCACGAGUCUUUCCUGUGAUUGUGAGGCGGCAGACCUUCGAGGGAUCCUGCCUGGUUUAAACAUGCUAACCUGUGCCUGUGGACAGGCUUAUGACGAGUGCUUGCAUGGAGCUCCAGUUUGAGAGGCUGACCAGGGAGCUGGAGGUGGAGAGACAGAUUGUGGCCAAUCAGCUGGAAAGAUGCAGACUUGGGGCCGAAUCGUCAGACACUGCUAGCGGCAGCUCGUCUGAGAAGUCUCUCCCCUGGAGAUCUGCAGAUGCCUCGACCUCGGGGGAGUCCAAGUCUCGGGUGACGGACAGCUCUCAGUCGCCCACCUACCGCCUCAGAACAGAGCAGGAGCAGGUGGUCCUCUACUCCCCAGAGCAGAACUCGCUCCAUGAAAGGUCUACAGGGAACUCCCGCAGCUCCACCCAGAUGAACUCGUACUCAGACAGUGGCUACCAGGAUGCCAGCAGCUACUACAGCAGCCAGAACCAGAAUAAUCUGGCCAAGGCCGAGCUGAGAAUGCAGCACUCGUACCCAGGCACAGGCGGCACCUCCACCCUCCUGAGGACUGCCAGGGCUGAGGGCCAAGCUCAGGUCCAGGCUCCGUUGUUAACCGCCGCAGUGCCGGGUCGAGCCAUGAGGAGGGUGAGCUCGGUGCCCUCCAGGACCCAGUCCCCGGCCUACGGCAGCAGUGUGUCCCCCUCUCGCGGCUCCCUGAGGGCCACCAUGGGUAGCAACUACGGUUCUCCCAUCAUGACGGAGCCCAAGCCCCUGUCCAGUAUCUUCUCCACCACCCUGCCCUCGGCGCAGCGCGCCGGCUCCCCUUUCAACGCCCAGAAGAGCUCCCCUGCAGCCCUGCGCCGCAUGGGCAGCGCCAACUCCCGCUCGGGCAGCGCCAGCCGCGCCACCUCGCCCUACCUGGGGUCGGCAUCGGGGCGCAUGGGGUCUCCCUUAACGAUGGUGGACGGCCCCCUCACCCAGCAGCCGGUGGGGUCGUCGGCGUCUCCGGUGCGCUCCAGCAUGACGGCCCAGCCCCAGCACUAUGGCUCCACCUUGCCUCGCUCGUUGAUCCACCACGACGCAGACCCCUACGGAGCCCAGAGCUAUGACGUCUACGAGAGGAUGAUCCCACGGCCUGACAACCUCACAGGCAUGCGGAGCUCGUACGCCAGUCAGCACAGCCAGCUGGGCCAGGACCUGAGGUCAGCCAUGUCCCCUGACCGACACAUCACGCCCAUUUACGAGGACAGAACCUUCCAUGGGCCCCUGUACCGCAGCCCCAGCCACCAGGGCCCCGUGGACCUCAACCAUGCCUCGCAGAGCGCCAUCUACAGGGGGCCCUCAGGCGUGGGGACGCUCCAGAGGACCUCUAGCCAGCGCAAUGCCAUGAUGUACCAAAGAAGCAACUACGCUCUGAACUCCACAGCCUCGUACACCGAGCCCUACCGCUCUGCCCAGUACCGGCCCUCUGAGGGCAACUACGCCCGGCAGCCGCUCGUCAUGGACGACGGGACCACCCGCUCGCCCUCCAUAGACAGCAUCCAGAAGGACCCAAGGGAGUUUGCGUGGCGUGACCCUGAGCUGCCUGAGGUGAUUCAUAUGCUGCAGCACCAGUUCCCCUCGGUGCAGGCCAACGCCGCCGCAUACCUGCAGCACCUGUGCUUCGGAGAUAAUAGAGUCAAGGCUGAGGUGUGCCGUCUAGGGGGCAUCAAGCACUUGGUGGACCUACUAGACCACAAAACCCUAGAGGUCCAGAGGAAUGCCUGUGGCGCUCUGAGGAACCUGGUCUACGGGAAAGCCACGGACGACAACAAGGUCGCCGUGAGAAACGCAGGUGGCGUCCCCGCUUUGCUCAGACUGCUGAGGAAGACGGUGGACGCUGAAGUGAGGGAGCUGGUCACGGGGGUGCUGUGGAACCUGUCCUCCUGUGACUCCGUCAAGAUGACAAUCAUUCGGGAUGCCUUAACUACUCUGACCAACACUGUGAUCAUACCCCAUUCCGGGUGGAGCAGCUCGACAUUCGACGAGGACCACAAACUCAAAUUCCACUCGUCUCUGGUCCUGAGGAACACCAGCGGCUGUAUGAGGAACCUGAGCUCGGCGGGGGAGGAGGCUCGAAAACAGAUGCGCUCCUGUGAGGGACUGGUGGACUCUUUACUCUACGUCAUCAAGGCCUGUGUCAACACCUCGGACUUCGACAGCAAGAUUGUGGAGAACUGUAUUUGCACUCUGCGGAACCUGUCGUAUCGCCUGGAGCUGGAGAUGCCGCCGUCGAGGCUGCAGGGAGCCCAGGAGCUGGACGGCUUGCUGGGAAGUGAGUCUCCCAGUAAGGAAGUGGACUCCAGCUGCUGGGGCCGGAAGAGGAAGAAGAAGAAGGGUUCCCAGGAAGAGCAGUGGGACGGAGUGGGCCCCAUCCCCGGCUUCUCCAAGUCCCCCAAGGGGGCGGAGAUGUUGUGGCACCCAGCCGUGGUGAAGCCCUACCUGACCCUGCUGGCUGAGAGCUCCAACCCUGCCACUCUGGAGGGCUCGGCGGGCUCCCUACAGAACCUGUCUGCUGGGAACUGGAAGUUUACGGCGUACGUCCGUGCGGCAGUGCGCAAGGAGAAGGGUCUGCCCAUCCUGGUGGAGCUGCUGAGGAUGGACAACGACAGGGUGGUCUGCUCUGUGGCCACCGCCCUGAGGAACAUGGCCCUGGAUGUCAGGAACAAGGAGCUCAUAGGGAAGUAUGCAAUGAGGGACCUGGUGAAUCGUCUCCCUGGGGGGAACACCACCCUGCUCUCUGACGAGACGGUGGCGGCCAUCUGCUGCACCCUGCACGAGGUCACCAGCAAGAACAUGGAGAACGCCAAGGCACUGGCCGACACGGGCGGCAUCGAGAAGCUGGUCAACAUCACCAAGGGCAGGGGAGAGAGGUACUCUAUGAAGGUGGUGAAAGCUGCCGCUCAGGUCCUCAACACACUGUGGCAGUACAAAGACCUGAGAACUAUCUAUAAGAAGGACGGAUGGAGCCAAAACCACUUCAUCACACCGGUAUCCACUCUAGAGCGCGACAGGUUCAAGUCUCAGCCCACCCUCCCCACCAGCACCAUACAGAUGUCACCGGUCAACCAGUCAGCUGGUAGUGCCACCUCUUCUCCUGCAAUACUGGGAAUCAAAGAACACCGUUCUGAUUAUCAGAGGGCACCUUCAACUAUGCAAUUUUAUAAUAACCAAGGGGACAACAAUGUACAUAAAUAUAAAUAUACAGGGACUGGAAAGCCACCGCCAUAUUAUAUCGGCUCUUACCCCUCGCCUACAAGAGAGGACCCCAGAAGAACACAGCAGCAGGUGUACUACACCGAGGAGCCGAGCAGGCGGAACUACGACACCUACAGAAUGUACCUGCAGUCUCCGCACGGCUACGAGGAACCCUAUGUGGAGGAAGUAGUCACCUUCCCCACCACGGCAGACUACAGCUCUCAGUCGCACGGCCACGGACUCAAAUCCACCACGAACUACGUGGACUUUUACUCCACCACCCGGAGGCCUUCCUACAGGGCGGAGCAGUACCCAGGCUCACCAGACUCCUGGGUAUAGGGACUCCAUCUUUGGAACCCAUCUGAUGAACUCGUCCAUGAACUUUUAUUUGUGUUUGUUUAGAAAAAAAGUGAAUUUGAAUGUGGGGGUGGAAGCGAUGGCAGAUGGAGAAACAGAACGUUAGCCAAAGAAAGAAGGAAAUCAAGGAAUGUGGUUGUUGUUUUAAACGAAGAGAGGGAAUCAUGCAGUGGUGUGUUUGGGGAAUGGUCGGCAUUGGACAUCAUUGUGAGCGGCGUUCUGCUCGGUCUAGAUGUUAGUUUUUCUUUUGGAAACCCGUUGCUGUGGUAGCAUGGUGAAGGUGUGGAAUAUGUGAUGGAAGGUUUGUGGUAAAGAGUCAGAUGGGGAAUGUGUAUGUGUAUGUCUGUAGGCUAAAAUGGAUCAUGAACUCAUAUCUGUAAAAAAAAUAAAAAAAUAAAUAAUCUAAAAAUGUUAGUUUGUACAGAGGGAUCACAUUGUAUUUGUUCUUAAUGUUGAGAUUGUGUAUGCCAUGGAGUGUUGUACAUUUUCGUCAUUUAAUUGUAAAUACAGAAAAAAAUGCCACAUGGUUGACGCUCAUCAGCACUGGUAAAGACUUGUGCCAUGUCAAAUCUAUAUUAUAGAUCUAUAAAUGCAGUAUAUGAAGAAGGAAAGAGAGGUGGGAAAAGAUUACAUCAUAACACAAACUUGCAAAGUUAAUAAAAGUUGACUUUUGUUUUUUUUCAAUGAAUUGUGGAAUUGCAGACAUUUUUGUGACUUUGCAGAUAUUCUCUUUAUUUUUCCAUUUUCUGUGCUGGACCUUUCAUGGGAUGGUUCACUGCCAUUUUCUUUGCACACCAACCAACAGAAAUAAAUGUGAACGUUUGGUCCAUGAA